AUGACCUCUCAACCCCACGUCCCCAAACCCGGCGUCUGGUGUCCAACCGUAACAUUCUUCAACCAUAACACCGACACCCUCGACCUCCCCGCCCAGAAGAAGUACUACGCCUACCUCUCGCAAACCGGCUUGACUGGCCUCGUCAUUCUUGGCACAAACUCCGAGGCCUUCCUACUCACCCGUGACGAGCGCGCCGAGCUCAUUGCCGCGGCUCGCGAGGCCGUCGGCCCCAGCUUUCCGCUCAUGGCCGGCGUAGGCGCGCACUCAACCAAGCAAACGCUCGAGUUCGCAGCGGACGCCGCCGCGGCGGGUGCGGACUAUCUGCUCGUCUUGCCGCCCGCCUACUUCGGCAAAGCAACGACGAUGGGCGUCGUGAAGCGGUUCUUCGUUGACGUGGCGCGCCGGGCGCCGCUGCCGGUCGUGAUCUACAACUUCCCCGGGGUGUGCAACGGGGUCGACAUCGACUCGGAGACAAUGACGGCGAUCGUGAGGGAGUCGGCGGCUGCCAGCCCCGAUGGGGUCUCCAAUGUCGUCGGGGUCAAGCUUACAUGUGCGUCUGUGGGAAAGAUCACGCGGCUGGCGGCGACGUUCCCGCGCGAGGAGUUUGCGGUGUUUGGUGGUCAGUCGGACUUCCUGAUCGGGGGUCUGAGUGUAGGCUCUGCGGGGUGCAUUGCGGCCUUUGCGAAUGUGUUUCCACGGACUGCAUCGAGGGUGUUUGACUUGUAUACAGCUGGGAAGGUUGCGGAGGCUAUGGAGUUGCAGCGCAAGGCGGCGCUGGCGGAGUCCGUGUAA